AUGCUAAUGGUAUUUUUCAGCUUUGCCUUCGUGGAGUAUGAGAGUCGUCGCGAUGCUGACGACGCUUACCAUGAAAUGCACAACAAGCGCAUCGGCCGUGAUGACGUUUUGAAGAUUGAGUGGGCUCGCACUCCUCCAUCUGCGUCAUGGCGCUUCGAUUCCGGGCGUGACCGCCGUCGGGAACGCACUCCCCCACGCCGCAGUCACCGCUCUCCCUCUCCACGACGAGGCCGCGACUACUCUCCCCGUAAGGACGACCGUCGCGACCGUGACUUUGAGCGUCGUGAGAGAGACCGUUCUCGAAGCCCUGACGACCGUGACCGUGACCGGGACCGGGACCGAGACCGAGACAACCGGGAUGACCGUGAACGUCGCGAAAGUGAGCGUGAGAAUGGUACCACUAACGGAGAUGAAAGGAAAGUUCCCAUGGAUUCUCCUCCCCCAGCACAUGACGAGUUGGACACUGCUGAGUAG